UUCCAUCUAAACUAUUUACUAUACAGUAAUUCUUUGGCGCAAUGCGGGUUCUCCUCUCGAAACUUCCGAGACCAUGGAUAGUUGACGAGAAAAAGGACGACGGUUACACGGCCCUUCAUCUGGCUGCUCUGAACAAUCACGUCGAAGUUGCUGAACAGCUGGCACGUGCUGGAAAAGCUGACCUGGAUCUGCAAAACGUUAAUUUGCAGACCGCGUUGCAUCUCGCUGUCGAACGACAGCACACACAGAUUGUUCGUCUGCUGGUACGCGAGGGCGCUAACUUGAAUGUGGCAGACAAGGACGGCGACACGCCUCUUCACGAAGCCUUGAGAUAUCACACUUUGUCGCAGCUGCGACAACUGCAGGAUGUCCAGGACGUAGGACGUCUCCUGAUGGGCUUGGGCGCGCAAGGGCAGGACAAGAAGAGUAGCUCAUUCAUCGCUUGCUUCCUGGCUGCCCACGGGGCUGAUCUGGAAUUGAAGAACAAGAAGGGACAGACUCCGCUCGACCUCUGCCCGGAUCCGAAUCUCUGCAAAACACUAACCACUUGCCACAAAGACAGGGAAUCGCACGAUAUUGAAACGGUAGUUCCAUCAGCAACAAUCGACGAGUGUUUGGUCUGCUCCGAUGGAAAACGUGAAAUGCUUUUCAGCCCCUGCGGGCAUGUAGCUUGCUGUAACGCUUGUGCACCAAGAGUUAAAAAAUGUCUGAUCUGCAGAGAAAAUGUUCUUUCAAGAACAAAGAUCGAGGAGUGCGUGGUUUGCUCGGAUCGUAAAGCCAGCGUACUGUUUCGUCCGUGUGGACAUAUGUGCGCUUGUGAAAGUUGCGCAGCCCUGAUGAAGAAAUGCGUUCAAUGCAGAGCUCAAAUCCAGCAUAUGUUACCGCUGUCGAUUUGCUGUGGCAGAGGAGGUGAUGUCACUUACGUCAAGAAUUCCAAUACUACAGGCGCAACAAUAACAGAGCUAAAGAAUGAUCAAGAGGAAGAAAUAUCGCAGCAAAAUACUGGAGGUGGAGAAGCUCUUUUGAUGAAUAACGGUAGCCGAGAUACAUCGCAUAGUGAUAUACAGAAACUUCAACAGCAGCUUCAAGACAUUAAGGAACAGACAAUGUGUCCAGUUUGCCUAGAUCGUUUAAAAAAUAUGAUAUUUUUAUGCGGCCACGGAACCUGCCAAAUGUGUGGAGACCGCAUGUCGGAAUGUCCAAUAUGCCGGAAGUCAGUAGACAAGCGAAUUUUGCUUUAUUAAAUCUAUAAAACAGUCAUUUCGAGCUGAAGUUUCAUUUAGAUACAUAAGAAUUUAUGAUAAUAAUAGGAAUAAUUAAAUAUUGCAUUUAUUCGCUGUGAUUCAAAUUUCGAAAGUAUAGAUACAUUUUAUUUUCUAUACUUUCAACUUCUAUAAGACUGUAACAUAAAUUAAGAUUUUGUUAAAACUGUCGAAGUAUAUUUAUAUACUGCUCAUUCUACCACUUAAUUAAUUGUCAUAAAAAUCUUAUAUAUGUAAUAUUUUUUAUACUUGCACUCUAAAAUUUUAGAGAACAUUUGUACAUUUAACAUGAAUUACAUAUUUUUGUUCAAUUGCUUUAUAUCUAUUGUAGGUUAAUGUAAUG